AAUAUGUGUUGGCUUGUGGGAUGGUCGUACAAAAUCUGAUGUUUUGUGACGUAAUAAAACAGUGACGUCUGUGAAGUGGGACGUGUACUUCCUGAAAAUUAACCAGUCACGCAUUAGCCAGUGGUGUUUUAUCUGUUUCUAGAAUAUUGGUGAGAGCUCUCUCGAGUGGAUAUCUCGGUGUCUUGGCUUUAACCGAGUAACAAAAUGGCCACUCUACACAGUUUUGUGCGCAACUUUAAUUCUAAAAUAGAGGCGCCUGUCCGACAGCAUCUCCAGAAUGUCUACGCCUGCUUAACUUUCUCAACUGCUGCUGCAGCUCUUGGAGCAUACAUUCAUAUAUACACAGAAGUUUUUACUGCUGGAUUUCUCAGUGCUCUAGGAGCCGUGGGUUUGCUGAUGUUACUAAUGGGAACACCGUAUAAUGGAAAAAACAUGCAGCUGCGUUUGGGAUAUCUUCUGGGUUUUGCAUUUUUUUCUGGACAUGGAAUGGGCCCACUACUGGAUGCUGUAAUUGAGGUUGAUCCGAGCAUAAUUGUAACAGCAUUUUUCUGCACCUGCAUAAUCUUCGUUUCGUUCUCUCUUUGUGCAAUGUUCGCUGAGAGAGGGCGAUGGCUUUAUCUGGGAGGUACCCUGCUGUCAUUAGUCAGCACACUUUUCAUAUUUUCAGUGAUCAACGUAUUUGUCGGCUCAUAUUAUUUGUUCCAGGCUUCUCUGUACAUUGGUUUGGCAUUGAUGUGUGCCUUCGUCCUGUAUGACACCCAACUGAUUAUUGAAAAAAGAAGAAAUGGUGACAAGGAUUUUGUUGAACAUUCACUUGACUUGUUCAUUGAUUUCAUUGGAAUAUUUAGACGCCUAGUAAUUAUUUUGACCCAGAAGGAGCAGAAGAAACGUCGCAGAGACUGAGCCUCAAUGAAAAAUUAUUAUAAUUAUUUUUUUUAAAGUCUAACAUAAAUUGACUUUUUUUUUUUUUGGUAUGUGGGAUAUGAAUACGUAUGUGUUCAAUUUACACCAAAUGUUGCAAUUGUGAAAGUGUACUUGUGUUCGAAUAAGAAACAUAAAUGUAAAAAUAGUGAUUGUCCAGUUUCACAAAUUGAAUGAGUGUUCUGUUCAGAUAAAUUUGAAUGUUUCCCUUCCAUAUGACUACCUGUAAAUUAGUAGCCUAGACAUUUUCACAUUUACAGUGAAAUUUUAUGUAUUUUUCAUGAAAAUGUAGGACUGUUAGUUAACUUACACACACAUACACAGAUAGAUAAUUAGAAAUGAAUGUGUGUUGAUAUUUUUGAGAAGUCCCAUCAGAAUAGUCAUGUUACUUAAUCACAGUACCAUUAUUGCGUAUUCUAUAUAACUUAAAACUACAGCUGCAUUUAUUGGCAUAACAUUUUAGCCUGUGAAGUCUGAUAGCACAGUUUUCAUUUUAUCCGUAUGUUUCAAUGAUAUUGAUAUUUGUUUUUCAUUAAAUUCUCAAAUAUUUUUGUGCA